ACAAAGCUGAUCACUCAGUUUGUGGAGACAGCUGGAUUAGGCUGCAUGUUUACCAUACAUUUUGUUUGGAAAAUUCCUCUCUAGUUUGAUAUCAAUCCCAAAAAAUGGCACUGGCAGAUCCAGUUGUCAUACUGCUGCUAUUUGUGGUAACUUUUGUUUCUAUUCUCACUAUGAAAAGGGGCUGGAAUAAGAGAGCCUGCCUGAAUUUCCCCCCAGGACCACGACCUUUACCCAUCCUUGGAAAUCUACACCAGCUGAACCUGAAGAGACCUGACCGAACUUUGCUGGAGCUCUCUGAGAAAUAUGGCCCAGUCUUCAGCAUUCAUAUGGGACCCAAGAAUAUGGUGGUGCUGUCGGGAUACAAGAUGGUGAAGGAGGCUCUUGUGAACCAGGCAGAUGCGUUUGCAGAAAGGCCCAGAAUCCCAAUAUUUGAAAAAUUUGCAAGAGGAAAUGGUGUUAUUUUUGCUCAUGGUGAAAACUGGAAAGUGAUGAGAAGAUUCACUCUCACGACCUUACGGGAUUUUGGUAUGGGCAGGAGGACCAUUGAGAACAAAAUCCUGGAAGAAUGUGAUUAUCUGAUAAAGGAUUUUGAAUCCCACAAAGGAAGCUCCUUUGACACCAUGAAAAUGAUGAAUGCUGCCGUUUCCAAUGUCAUUGUGUCGAUAAUGCUCGGACACAGGUUUGAUUAUGAGGAUCCAAAGUUUCUCAGGCUUAUCCAUUUAAUUAAUGAAAAUGUCCAGCUUUCUGGGAGUCCCACGGUUACGCUGUUCAAUAUAUUUCCUGCCCUUGGGUUCCUACCAGGAAAUCACAAGACAGUCUUUAAUAAUAUGGAAGAACUGUACUCCUUUAUUCAGCAGACUUUCAUCGAACACCUGAAGCAAUUAGAUCCCAAUGACCAGAGAAGUUUCAUUGAUGCCUUUCUCAUCAGGCAGCAGGAGGAAAAAUCUAAUCCCAAUACCCAUUUCAAAAAUGAGAAUUUGCAAAGCCUUGUGAGUAAUCUGUUCACAGCUGGGACGGAAACAACUUCCACCACACUCCGCUGGGGCCUUUUGCUUAUGAUGAAAUACCCAGCCAUUCAGAAAAAAGUCCAUGAAGAGAUUGAAAGAGUUAUAGGAUCUGCCCAGCUUCGUUAUGAACAUCGGACACAAAUGCCGUAUACGGACGCAGUCAUCCAUGAAAUUCAGAGGUUUGCUACUAUCCUGCCAAUGAGCUUGCCUCAUGAGACUACUGAGGAUGUCAGACUUAAUGGCCAUGUUAUUCCUAAAGGUACUUAUAUCAUCCCCUUACUGGCCUCUGUGUUGUAUGACAAGACUCAGUGGGAGAAGCCUGAAGAAUUCUAUCCUCAGCAUUUCCUCAGCACAGAUGGAAAGUUUGUGAGGAAUGAGGCAUUCAUGCCUUUUUCAGCAGGUCGGAGGAUCUGUGCAGGCGAGACUCUUGCCAAAAUGGAGCUCUUCCUCUUCUUUACAAGCCUCCUGCAGAGGUUCACUUUCCAUCCUCCUCCUGGAGUUACCAGCUCAGACCUGGACCUCACCCCGGCGGUUGGGUUAACCACGCCCCCAAUGCCCCAUAAGAUCUGUGCUGUGCCAUGCAGAUAAACUACAGCUUCUCGAGAAAGUCACACAAACUCAACCUCACUUCAUCCUACUGCUUAUGCUUCCCAGAUACAGCCAGCUACGUGUGACCUAUCUUUAUUUGCAGUAUCUAUGGAUAUCUUAACAGUAUUAUACUAUAUGCUUUGGGAACCACUGUAACCUGCUAAUUUCUACCAGAAAACAAUAAAACAUAUAUAACUCGUG